AUGAACAUUGACAAAUCGCUGGACGAGCUUGUGGCUGCCAACCCAAAGAAGGGCGGACCCAAGGGUCGUCGUGGAGGAGGACCGCGUCGCAGCGGUGGCUCGGCAGGCGUUCACGCCAAGGCUGCCGCGCUUGGCAAAGCUUCUCUUGGACGUGCUCCCCCUACCGGUCCUGCCAACAACCGCAAUCGUGGACCUGUCAUCAUCCCCGGUCGCGCUCCUGGCGGCGGACCCCUGAACAGCAAGAUUAUCGUCUCGAACUUGCCGGUCGAUGUCACUGAGCCUCAGGUCAAGGAACUCUUUUCAACUUCCAUUGGACCACUCAGACGCGUUCAGAUGAGCUUCCGCGCCAAUGGCCAGUCCACCGGCACUGUGACUGUUGAGUUCCAGCGUCCCGACGACGCCAACCGCGCCUAUCAGCAGUACAACAACCGCCUCAUUGACGGCAAGAAACCCAUCAAGAUCGAGGUUGUCGUCGACCCUGCACAAGCCGCCGCUAUUGCCGCUCAGCAGGCUGCCGUUGCCCAAAGUGUCCGCGGAGCUCCCAGCCAACGCGGAAAGGCCGCGGCUCGUGGACGUGGAGCUGCUCGUGGACGCGGCGCUCGUCCUAAGCGCGAGGCCAGGCCUAAGAAGACCGUUGAGGACUUGGACGCAGAGAUGGACGUCUACGUGGGAGAGAGCAGCGGUGCUCAGUCUUAG